AUGGAGCAUUUUAAAGGUGAGAAUCCUUUGAACAUUUCCAAUAUAACAGCUUUCGGAUGUGAUGCCGCUAACACCGAUGUUAACAAUGGUGUAAUUGCUUUAAUAGAAAAAACCCUAAAUAAGCCGCUUAAGUGGCUGAUUUGUUUGUUCUACACCAACGAAUUGCCUUUGCGUAAUUUGUUUUGCACAUUGGAUGAAAAAACUAAAGGUCCUAAUGAAUUUGGAGGACUUUUAUGCAACGAACUUGAAAUCUGUAACCAGCUUACUGUGGUGAAUUUUGCUCCCAUACAAAACAACCUCCUUAUUCUAGAGAUUAAGGAUGAUAUUAGCACAGAUCAAAAAUAUUUACUUGAAAUGUGCAAAGCAAUCUCCAGUGGUGUAUGUCCUUCUGAUCUUUCUUUAACAACCCCUGGGAAAUUAGCUCAUUCACGAAGACUUACGUUGGCCAAUCGCCUUCUUCGGUUAUAUGUUGCAACAGAGAAUUCUUCCAAUAAUCUGAAAACUUUAACUAGAAUGUUACUAUAUGCUGUUGAUAAUAUUCAUAUGUAUGACAGAAAUUCUAGUUUCCACAAUUAUUCGACACGAGGUGGCGACUUGCUGAGGGUACCUGGUCAUAGAUCGAACACGGACAACCAGAGGGUGAUUAUCCACGUGCGAGACGUCAACGACGAACCACCCUACUUCAUCAACAGGCCUUUGCCCAUGCAGGCGGUGGUGCAACUGAAUGCUCCCCCGAACACGCCCGUUUUCACCCUACAGGCUCGUGACCCCGAUACGGACCAUAACAUUCACUACUUUAUUGUGAGGGACAGAACCGGUGGCAGGUUCGAGGUUGACGAAAGAUCGGGAGUAGUCCGUACACGAGGUACCGAUCUUUUCCAGCUAGAUAUGGAAUACGUUCUCUACGUUAAAGCCGAAGACCAAAAUGGCCGUUUGGAUGAAAGAAGGUUCCAAAGUACUCCAGAAGAAAGACUGUCGAUUGUAGGAGGAAAGAGGGCGCCUCAAUUUUAUAUGCCAAGCUAUGAAGCUGAAAUACCGGAAAAUCAAAAGAAAGAUUCUGACAUUAUAUCCGUAAAAGCAAAAUCAUUCGCUGACCGAGAAAUACGCUACACCCUAAAAGCUCAAGGACAAGGCGCUGGAACGUUUAACAUUGGUCCCACCUCAGGCAUUGUGAAGUUAGCUAAAGAACUAGAUUUUGAAGAUUUGAGACAGCCACAUGUGUACUCAUUGGUGGUAACUGCCACUGAAGACUCAGGAGGAUUUUCUACAUCUGUUGAGCUAACCAUUCGAGUCACAGACGUAAACGACAAUGCCCCAAAAUUCGAACUACCCGAUUACCAAGCCCACAACGUCGAUGAAGAUCUUCCUCCUGGAACCAGUAUCCUUAAAGUAAAAGCCAUGGACUCAGACAGUGGAACUAACGCCGAAAUAGAGUACUUGGUAUCAGACGACCAUUUUAGUGUUGACCCGACUGGUAUAAUCUCUAAUAACAAACAGCUAGACGCCGAUAACAACAACGCUUAUUACGAAUUUGUCGUCACCGCUAAAGACAAAGGUGAGCCAGCAAAAACCGGAACAGCUACCGUUCGAGUUUACACAAAGAACAAAAACGACGAGGAGCCGAAAUUUUCACAGCAAGUCUAUACUCCAAACGUUGACGAGAACGCUGGACCAAAUACGUUGGUCACUACUGUGGUAGCUUCAGAUAAAGACGGUGAUAACGUUAGGUUCGGUUUUGUUGGUGGAGGUACAAGCUCAGGACAGUUCGUAAUUGAAGAAAUCACUGGCGUAAUCCGUCUACAUAACAAAGCUAUCUCUUUGGAUAGAGACAAGUAUGAACUGAACGUAACGGCUAUGGAUGACGGAGCUUGUUGUCCAAACGGAGAUACAACUAUCCAUACCAGUACGGCUGUGGUUGUUGUCUUUAUCACUGACGUCAACGACAAUAAACCUAUCUUUAAAGAUUGUGGUACUUACUAUCCCAAAGUCGAAGAAGGUGCUCCGAACGGAUCUCCUGUCAUUAAAGUCCAUGCCACCGAUGAAGACAAGGGUGUGAAUGGACAAGUUAAGUAUUCCAUAGUCCAGCAACCGAAUCAAAAGGGCACCAAAUUUACAGUUGAUGAAGAAACGGGUGAAGUAUCGACUAAUAAAGUUUUCGAUCGAGAAGGAGAUGAUGGAAAGUUUGUUUCUGUGACUGUAAAAGCGACUGAUCAAGGGGAGCCAUCCUUAGAAGGCGUUUGUUCGUUCACAGUAGAAAUAACCGAUGUUAACGACAAUCCACCUCUGUUUGACAGACAAAAAUACGUUGAAAACGUAAAACAAGACGCCAGCAUAGGCACCAACAUCCUCCGAGUCUCCGCUUCAGACGAAGACGCCGACAACAACGGCGCCAUAGUCUACACUCUGAACGCCGGUUCCAACGCUGCCGACCUGGAGUAUUUCGAAAUUCAGCCGGAAUCAGGUUGGAUAGUGCUCAAGAAACCCUUGGACCGCGAGACCUACAAACUAGAGGCGACUGCCCAAGACAAAGGCUACCCUCCCCUGUCCCGUUCCGUGGAAGUCCAGAUAGAUGUCGUGGAUCGCGCAAACAACCCCCCCAUAUGGGACCACACUGUAUACGGCCCCAUCUACAUAAGGGAAAACUUCCCUGUCGGGGCCAAAGUGGUGUCAGUGAAGGCCAGCUCCGGCAUAGAGAACAACCCGACAGUGUUUUAUCGGCUGAUGCCGGGAUCCACGGCGCAGACCAACAAAUUCCACACAUUCUAUCUGCAGCAGAGGCCUGAUAAUGGUUUCACUUGGGCGGACAUUAAGGUUAAUCAUCCUCUGGAUUACGAGACCGUUAAGGAGUAUAAUCUGACGGUUCGUGUUGAGAAUAAUGGAGCCCAACAACUGGCAUCUGAAGCAACUGUGUAUAUCCAACUAGAAGACGUAAACGAUGAAAUCCCACUGUUCACCGAAAGAGAACAGGAAACGGUACUGGAAGGGGAGCCAAUUGGAACCAAAGUUACACAAGUCAAUGCCAUCGACAAGGACGGCACCUUUCCCAACAACCAGGUUUACUACUUCAUCGUGGAUUCUCCGCGUAACGAAGGCAAAGACUUCUUCGAAAUUAACAAAGAAACAGGUGAGGUCUUCACCAAAGUUGUGUUCGACAGAGAGAAGCAAGGAGCCUAUGCCUUGGAAAUCGAAGCUAGAGAUGGAGCACCGUCAGCCAGGCCGAACAGCGACAACGAACCCAAUUCAGGUAAGUACCUAUACACCUACCAGUUUAAAUUUCUAAUCUUGCCAAUAAUAAUCUAG